GCUGAGGCGAGGCCCCAGGAAGGCGCAGGGGCAGGGCUGCCCCGCCCAGCCCCGCACCACAGCCUCUCUCUUGCCAGCAGUGCUGCAGGCGGGUGGGCGAGGCUCUGCGCCGCUGCACCCAGUGUUUUUUCAAGAUGUCUACAGUCCAUGAAAUUCUAACCAAGCUCAGCCUUGAAGGAGAUCAUUCUAUCCCUCCAAGUGCCUAUGCCACAGUUAAGGCAUACUCAAACUUUGAUGCUGACAGGGAUGCUGCUGCCCUUGAAACUGCCAUCAAGACCAAAGGUGUGGAUGAGGUCACCAUCGUCAACAUUCUGACAAACCGCAGCAAUGAACAGAGGCAGGACAUCGCCUUUGCCUAUCAGAGGAGAACUAAGAAGGAACUGUCUGCAGCACUGAAAUCUGCUCUGUCAGGACACUUGGAAGCUGUGAUUUUGGGCCUGUUGAAGACACCAGCUCAGUAUGAUGCUUCUGAACUGAAAGGUGCCAUGAAGGGCCUGGGAACUGAUGAAGACACUCUCAUUGAGAUCAUCUGCUCACGGACAAAUCAGGAGCUUGCUGAAAUUAACAGAGUCUACAAGGAAAUGUACAAGAUAGAACUGGAAAAGGACAUUGUGUCAGACACAUCAGGAGACUUCCGCAAGCUGAUGGUUGCCCUAGCAAAGGGUAGAAGAAGUGAGGACAGUUCUAUGGUUGAUUAUGAACUUAUUGACCAAGAUGCCAGAGACCUUUAUGAUGCUGGUGUGAAGAGGAAGGGAACGGAUGUUCCUAAGUGGAUCAACAUUAUGACUGAGAGAAGCAUUCCCCACCUCCAGAAAGUGUUCGAGAGGUACAAGAGCUACAGCCCAUAUGACAUGUUGGAGAGCAUCAGGAAGGAGGUCAAGGGAGACCUGGAAAAUGCCUUCCUUAAUCUUGUCCAGUGCAUUCAAAACAAGCAGUUAUACUUUGCUGAUCGAUUGUACGACUCCAUGAAGGGCAAAGGAACCCGUGACAAGGUCCUGAUCAGGAUUAUGGUGUCCCGCAGUGAGGUUGAUAUGCUGAAAGUUAAGAGUGAAUUCAAGAGGAAAUAUGGAAAAUCCCUCUAUUAUUUCAUCCAGCAAGACACAAAGGGCUAA